AUGCCGGGGGACGUCGCGACCUCGCCGGCGACGGCGUCGGGGCCGCCGGCAGCCGCGUCCUCUUCGCACCAUCCCGCCACCUCCGCCCGCAGCGCCCUCUCCAACGCCGUCGCGGGCGCCUCCGCCGGUAAUUUGUGGCCACAGCUCUCUCCAUUUCGGUCUAGUGUGUUGUUCGGCUUGGGGGUGUAUUUGCAUGUGUGGGAAGUAAUUGCUGGAUUUGGGGGCUUGUGCGCAGGCGUGAUAGCAGCGACCUUCGUGUGCCCGCUCGAUGUGAUCAAGACGAGGUUCCAGGUGCACGGCUGGCCCAAGCUAGCCCCUGGCACAGCUGGAGGUAGUGUCAUCAUUGGGAGCUUAGAACAGAUUGCUAGACGGGAAGGCUUUCGGGGAUUGUAUCGUGGUCUUUCCCCGACUAUUCUGGCGCUUUUGCCUAACUGGGCGGUCUACUUUACUGUAUACGAGCAGCUUAAAAGCAUGCUUGCUUCCAGCGAAGGAAGCCAUCAACUCUCUCUAGGGGCAAAUGUUAUGGCUGCAUCAUGUGCUGGAGCUGCAACUACAAUAGCAACAAAUCCACUUUGGGUUGUCAAGACAAGAUUUCAGACCCAAGGAGUAAGAGCUGGUGCGACGAUCCCAUACAAAGGCACGGUUGCUGCAUUGACGAGAAUAACACAUGAGGAAGGCAUCCGUGGACUAUACAGUGGACUUGUCCCUGCCUUGGCUGGUAUCACUCAUGUUGCCAUUCAGUUCCCUGUAUACGAGAAGAUAAAAGCUUACCUGGCUGAGCGAGAUAACACUACCGUUGAAGCAUUAAGUUUUGGUGAUGUCGCUGUUGCUUCAUCUCUGGCAAAACUAGCUGCAUCAACCUUAACAUAUCCUCAUGAGGUUGUUCGAUCAAGGUUGCAAGAGCAGGGAGCACACUCCGAGGCGAGAUACAGAGGGGUAAUAGACUGUGUUAGAAAGGUUUAUCAUGCAGAGGGUGUAGCUGGGUUCUACCGUGGAUGCGCCACAAAUCUGUUGCGGACAACUCCUGCUGCAGUUAUAACAUUCACCAGCUUCGAGAUGAUUCACAGGUUCCUUCUCAAUCUAGGCUCUCCUGAACCUGAACAACAUCAUCCCCAUCCGCUGAAGCAUUGA